AUGUCUAAUGUUGCUUCUCUCAGAAUCAACGUUAUCUCACUUUUGGAUUCCCUUUCUCUGAAACCUGGUGCAACGCUGGUCCAGAACUGUGGGGAUAGUGAAAUUGGAAGAAUUGUGAUUCGGGCUGCUAAAGAGAGGAAAUAUAAGACCAUAAGCAUAAUUGAUGACAAACCAGGAACUCCUGAUAUCAUCGAAGAAUUAAAAGCACUUGGUGGAGACAUUGUUGUACCAGAAAGUUAUACAAAGACCUGGUAUAUGCAGCGUCUAGUUGGAGAGUUGAGUCCUUCAGCAGGUUUGAACUUCAGUGAUGGAUACCAAGCAACAGCUGUAGUCAAAGCUGUAGCUAAUGGUGGAACAUUCCUCACGUACGGCAAGAAGUUACCUCAGCAUGUUGUCUUUGAAGAUGCAGAUCAUAAACCAGUUGAGUGGACAGCUUUCCUCAAAGAAAAGAACCUCAAACUCAAAGCUUUUGGCAUAUAG